AAACUGCCAGGGGGGAUUUAACCCUGGUUGUUCCCAGGUUAUUCGUGCAUUGUUACCUUGGGAGAAAAAGCCUGAAUGUCUGGACACUCCUGGUGUCUUGUGAGAAACAAAGACUCUCCCAAGAGAAACUUCCUGGACAAGGCCCCUGUUAGACUCGGGCACCCUUGGAAGACAUCGACUCCUAGCUUUCCCUCCGUUCCUGAACACUGUACAGCAACUCUUCUGCUGCAAAGCCCCCAGACAACCCCAGCAGGGUGGCCUGCUCCUAACCCUAUGAUGCCCAGAUUGCCUGAUCCGAGGAUGAUCCUGGCUCAGGGGUGACUUGGCAACAGCCUGUAAGUACAUAAGGGGUGUGCAUCAGGAACCGGGAGAACAUCUAUUCAGCAGGGCACCCCGUGGGAAGACGUGGUCGAAGGGUCACAAACUGUUGGAAGAGUGUUUUAGACUGGACAUAAGGAAAAACUUCUUUACCGUCCGAGUCUCCAGAGUCUGGAACAGACUCCCCCCAGAAGUAGUGCAAGCUCCUACUCUGAAUACCUUCAAGAAAUACUUGGAUCUUAUCUUGCUGGGGUGAUGUGACCCCAGCUGACUUCCUGCCCUUUGGGCAGGGGGCUGGACCCGAUGACCUUGCGAGGUACCUUCCAGCCCUAAUGUCUUUUUUUCCAAAAAUAUUUCUAUCUAUCUAUCUAUCUAUCUAUCUAUCUAUCUAUCUAUCUAUCUAUCUAUCUAUCUAUAACUCCACCUCCAACACUCUGCCAAGUGGCCUUUGUGGCUCACUUGGCAGCUCAAAGCAUGCUGGAAACCCGUUACGCAGUUUGCACCAUACUACUGCUCCCUAUACCCGUACCCCCACCCACUGCCCUCCUCUGAGGGACUAAUCCUGAAAAAGUGUAUGCCAGAUAGGGUGGCCAUCAGAGAGGACAGUCCGGUUGUCCUCUACUGAUAUGAAACCUGAUGCCUUUAUCCUCUAUUUUUUUUCUUGAAGAGAAAAAUAGAGGCCAUAAAGGCGUUGGGUUUUGUAUCAACAGAGGACAGAGUAGUAGAGAGACCCCUCUCCACCAGAUGAAGUCUACCAUGUCUUUCCCGUGGUCCUCUUCUGUCUUUCUGUAGUACCAAUACCGUCUAUGCAAUCUAUGCAACCUGACCUCUGUCGCAGCUCGCCCGUGCCGCUUGCCGCAUCCCACAGCCACCGCAUGCGGGGAGCGGCACCGCACCUGGACUCCGGGAGAACGCGGAGCAUCAGGCCUCCCUUUGCCACCGCACCUAGACUCGUGGCCAGCAUUUAGUGUCCCCCCUUCGCUAUGGAUCACGAUGAUAACGAUCAUUAUGUUCACCCUUUCUGUGUGGUUUGCCUGUCUGGCCCUGCUGGGCACCAUCCCCCCCUACUCCUUCAUCUGCUCUGUGCUGUGCGAGGAGGGCACGCACUCCAAGGCAGGGCAGCAUCCCCCCUGCUCCCGGGCAUCGCUCCGGGCCGGGGAGGCGGCUCCCGCGUGACGCCAGCGGCGGCCGGGACGCCCCGCGCCUCCCUCUCUCCUCCGUCCCUCCCUCCCCUGGCUCCGCGGGAUGCGGGAUGCGGGCCGCGCUGCUGCGGGCGCUGCUGUGCGUGUGGCUGGGCGGGCCGCGCGCCGCCCCCGCGCCGGGCCCGGCCGAGCCGUGGUGCCCCUACAAGGUGCUGGGCGAGCCCCGCGUGUGCUUCCGCGCGCCGGCGCCCGACUUCCAGUGCGGCGCGCGGAGCUGCCGCGCCGUGCGCUCGGCCGGCGGCGCGCUCGUGGCCAACGUGCUGCGCAACGGCAGCGUGCUGCUGCAGUGGGCGCCGCCGGGCCCCGGCCCCGGGCUGCGCGGCUUCGCGCUCAACUGCUCGUGGGCCGGCACCUACACGCGGUUCCCGUGCGCCGCCGUGCAGCUGGGCGCCGCCUGCCGCGACUACCUGCUGCCCGACGCGCACGGCAGCGUGCGCUACCGCCUCUGCCUGCAGCCGCUCUACGCGCCCGCGUCCGCACCCGCACCGCCCCGCGCCGCCGACUGCGUGGAGUUCAGCCUGGAGCCGGCCGGCAUGCAAGACAUCGUCAUCGCCAUGACCGCGGUCGGCGGCUCCAUCUGCGUCAUGCUGGUCUGUAUCUGCCUGCUGGUGGCCUACAUCACCGAGAACCUCCUGCCGCCGCCGCCGAGCCGCCGCGCGCCCGCCCCGGACACCGCCUAGGGCAGCCGCCCCGGCCCCGGGCCGCGAGACGCCAAGGUGUUGCCUCUCGCCUUUGUGACGUCGCUUCGAACGCGGUGUUGCCUCUCGCCUUUGUGACGUCGCUUCGAACGCGGGGCGCUUUCAGCAGGUGUCCGGCAGCCCCGCUCUGCUUGGAAAGGCGGGAGGGAGCGGGGAUGCUCUUCAACUUUUAGGAGGACAGCGAUGAUUUGAGUGUUUCAGAGCCUCCUUUUUGAGAAGCAGCUGUGGGGCAGGGCUGGGCUGGGCUGUCCCCCCGGGUUUGGGAUGUGUCAUACCCCGGCUGUGCCGACACAUUUGAGGAAGAAGGGGGGGAAAUAGUUCAGGAGGCAGAAAUCCCAGUGACCAGUUGGCCAAACUUCCGGCUGCAACAGUACUGUGGUGGCCCCCGGCUCAGAGCAGAGCAUUUUCUGAACUGCCAGAGGUUUAGACGGGCAUUGAAACGUUUCAUUUUUCUCCUGCGUUUUGGCCAAAGAGAGCAGAUCAAUAGCAGCUUCGGAAACCACCAGCCCAUUGUGGCUUGGUUCAGAGCCCUCUUAACACUGUGGAAAGGGCUGUCCCUGACUUAAGUGGGUUUUGGAUGCUCCUGGCUGCUCGGCUGCUCUCUGGGCCACGGGGACCUUGCGAACAUCAGUAGGAGAGUUUGCCUUUGGCCUCAGCAGAGAUAGGACUUUAGGAGACUUAAAACGUGGGAUGGGGGAGUGUGGAUCUAGCUGUUCUGUCCUAGGUUUCUGCCAGCAGAAAAUUUCCCAAGGGUGAGCAGAGUCUGAAAACUGGGAUUUAGGAUGGGACUGUCAGCGCUGUGAAAAGACGCUCUGAAUAAAUACCCUCUCUUCCUCGGGCUGGGGAGAGGGCUGCACGCCACAGCUGUGGAUGAGUAAAGUCUUGCAGCCACAGAUCUCCGUCAUGCAGUAGCUGAGUGUUUCUCACGUAGGAGCACUUGUAGCUAGUCACUCAGUGCUGUAGUUAAUGAAGAUUUUAGCCAUACUCUAGGUAUUGAUGACAUUGUGCCUUAGUGUUGAAGGUUUGUCCCAUUGAUUUCAGUUCUUUUCCUGUUCCUGUUGUAAACUUCACUGGAACACACCUAUCUCCCAUAGUGUUUUGUCUCUUGAAUUCAGAAAUAAACUUAGACUGACUAUGACUUGAACUGUAAACCAGUGUAAAUGACUUUCCUAGAGCUCCUACGUUAGUUUGGAUUCAUUACUGUAGCAAAAAUACCCAGUACCAAUAACUCACCAAAACAGAUCAAUCAAAUUGGGGGGGGGGAUUAGGCUUACAUAGCAGGGUGCUAUGGAUAAAUAGUCUCACAGGUGAUCUAUCUUAUAAAUGUGUGUGUGUACGUGCGUGUUUGUCUUCAGUUAGUGCUCUAUUAGCAUUUCUUAGGUAGGAUGUUAGCAUAAACCUUGUAAGUAGAUGGCAAAUGUGGAAAGUCUCUAGGAUCUUGUAUCACGAUACCAUAUGUAUACUAAGCAUAUGCGCGUAGCUAUACUAUCGAGAUUGCAUCUCUCCUUUCUUCCAUAGCUGUUUGGAGCUAUGACAUUUUAUUUGCUGUAGGACUGAUAAUUUGAGAGCAGUUUGGAAGCCGAAGGUCUGUUUCAUCAGACAAAAACCUCUCCCUCAGUUGUUUCUUCAUGUUUUCCUUCUCGCACUGCUUUCCCUUCGCUGGCUUCCUGCCUGGGAACCUUGAUUUUAAAAUAACCCGACAGUAUUUAAAAUAUAAUUUUAAUUUUGAGAUGAGCUCUGAAGGAGAACAUCAUUCUCUUUCCUCCCUGGAGAGAUCUAAUGAUUGAAAAACAUACAGUUAUUUUGAGAAUAUGAAGUUUUAGCUCAUAGAUGAGUUCAGAGGUUUUGAACCCAGUGUGAAUUCGACCCAGUCCUUCCUCCGGCUGGUUCUGGGGAGGGGGCAAGGGAUAUUGUGCAUUUCUAUCAAUCCUGUCACUCGGUGUUGCUCUCUUGUCCUUCACCUUGCCAUGAAUUGACAGACUUGAAAGUUAACUUUAUAACGAAUGAGCCUUGUAUCACCAUGGAGAUGACCUUAAUGAAUUAAAAGAGUAUAAUAAAAGGACGUGAAAAUGUU